GGUGGGUGAUGGAGAUGCACUUUAUAAAAAUUAAGUUGCGUUUCGUUUAUCAAUCAUUUACUUUUUAUUUUUAAAUCGCGGCAUUAUACUUAGACAUUUAUGGACCAUAGGAAAGAAGAAUGGAAGAAGAAGAAGAAUGUUGUUUUUUAAUAAAGAAAUUUAAAUUUUUAAUUUUUUAUUAUAUAAGAAUUUGUUUGUUACCAAAAUUUAUUGGAGCCGAUUACAACAUGCUAAAAAUAGUGAUGAUGUUUCCGGUGGUGCCGCGAUGCCACAAUAGGUCACAGUAGUUGACGUCCUUAGCCACCUGUAACAAAAUCCCAAAGACUGAGAGAUACUUCUAAUUUUGAGUCUGUUGAUUAUGGUCUAAGUGAUAGUAGGUCCGGAACCAUUCGUGGGGCUUUCACAGGGAACCAUUAUAAUGGCUAUCAAAUACCACACUAAGACCAGACACCAAAAAGAAUGGGACAGUCUGACGGGUCUAAAGCACUCAAAGCUCUUAAUACAAGGAGUAGACUCCGGUUGGAGCAAAAAGCUAUGGAAACUUAGCAGGAGACAACUCCAAAUUAUAACAGGGGUGUUUACGGGCCAUUAUGGGGUCAAAGGGCUUUUGGCCAGGAUGGGACACUGCGACAACAUCGAUUGUCGAAUGUGUGGUGAAGAGGAAGAGACAGUAACACACCUAAUGUGUGAAUGUCACGCCCUCGCCAGACAAAGAAUGAAGGACUUUGGAGCAGGCUAUCUGGAACGAAAGGAAUUCAAAAGGCUACCCAUAAGCUCCAUCACCCGGCACAUGGAAAUGGUCAAAAAAGCUCUUGAGUAGCUAAUGGAUCUUUCCUUAGGGGACAACUACACAAAAGAUCCCUAUGGGUCGAAGUGUAUCCGCAAGGGCCCCCGAAAAUUAGAAGAUAAGAUAAGAUGGUCUAAGUGAUAAUUAUUAUAAAAAGCAAGAGUAGUCAUUUUCAUGUUAUCACAUUCUUAUUUUUCAAUACAUAUGGUGCUACUUUUCCGCACUAGUGCGUAAAUUAGCACAUUAUGUAACUAUGUCGAAACUUUAAAGAGCCAUAUGUACUGAAAAACGUUGUAAGAUACACGUGCGAAUAGGUAAUUCGCACUUGUAUCGUAAAUAACUAUUUUACUAUGUCACCAUCUCCACCCACCUACUUUCAUUAUAUUAAAAUGAAGGCUGGAAUUAUAUGAGUCUCCGAAAAAUUAAGAAAUCUACUUCCAUUCAAAUUCAGAAGUUUGUCACUAUUCUGUCACUGGGAGAUGCCACAACAACAUGCAUACACGGCACGGGAAAAUUCUCCACAAAGCCUAAAAGGCUGCCACCUUCUAGAAUUCUAGAUGACAUUCGCAGAAGACGUCCGGAGAACUGUGAAUGAUGAUAUUUGUGACAUAUCUAAAUUACCUGUACUCUAGUAUCUUGUUUUAUUUGUUAAGCAAAAUCAUCUGUAGCGUAGUUACUUACCGCCGAUCAAUGCAUUACAAACGCAGCACCACGCUUUCCAGCAUCCCGGAAAAGAACGAAGCAGAAGAGAAAUGGGUUCCGAAGAAGAAACAUGAAGUGUUAAAAGCGAAGUAUAAGUGUUUGAAAAAGCUGUUUCAGAUUUAUGAUGCGAGUGUGAUAGGGAUGUUGCCGAUGCAAGAGGCGUACGCUGCUGGGGACACGGGUGUGGUGGAAGAUACUGAUGAUAUUGGGAGGAAGUCGCGUAAGAGGAAGCGGUCGCAUCGAGUCAAGUUGGACGCGUGUGCUGGGACGUCCGAUCAUGAGAUCCAAACUGCUGUUCAGGUGGACUGUUCGAAAACCAACACAUCCGAGACGGAAUCCUGCACCAAGGCGCCAUCAACAAAGGCCUACGCGGCCACACAAGCGUCCCGAGAAUCGUUGCUGGCCAGCGAACAUGACUGUGGCUGUGCGAAAACCAGCAAUUUGGUGUUCCAGCCUGCCCCGUGUCCCUGUCCCAGGCCAAGAAUGAGUCGCCAACGCAAGCGCACACGCUUCCAAUGCUUCGUGCAGCGCCUGCUCGGGUUUCGGAGCCCCAACCGGCAUCGUUGCCUUGACGACAACACUGUCAGCGAGUGUGACAUCCAUCGUCUGGAGCGUAGGAGGCACCGAAAGAUCAGAUUCCGCCGCGCUCGCCGACCGACUCGCGCGCAGUCUGAGGGCGCGAUGCACACGCCCGCCCACGUCUGUGCGCAGACCGUCCAACGCAACUGCCUCCUCGACACCACGCCGCGCCAGUGCCCUAUCGCCGGCUGCCGGAUGAUGCUAUACGGUAUCAUCAACUACAACGACCACCUCAACCUGUGCCACUUCCCCGACCGCCGCUACGUCUGCCAUUUCUGUCAUGAGGGCUUCGAACGCGACGCAGAUAAGUUGCAGCACGAGAGUGAACAUAUUGGGUUAAACCACCGCCCACCCCUCCCACCCUCUUCGCCCCCUCCAACCAGUCGCUCCGGCAUCACCUGCGUGACUCAAACGGACCCUGAACCCACGAAAGAGCACGAUGAGAAACUUAAGAAGAUCGUCUCGUUCUUCGAUAAGAUCGUCGACUCGACGCAGAUCCUUACUGAUGUUAAGAAGUCUAGGCACUCGGAGAUGCACCUACCUACUAGUAAAACUCCAACGGACACUCAGACCGAAGUGUCGGCUAGCGAUGGACACUCCAAGAUUACCUCGAGCUGCAGCGAUGUCACAGGGAAGAGGCUAACAUACAGCUGUAACGAUCUGAGGCGCAGGAACAAUUACCGCCGCUCGCUAGGCUCCGACGUCAUGUCGCAGUGCUGCUCCGAAAAUUGCAACUUUUGCGGGGAAAAUUUUGAUUACAGCCAAGCCCUGGAGCGCAAAUUUGGCGAGUUUCACUCGUGCGGUGCGCUGCCCGCCCGUCGCCGGGCAGACACACAAGUCACCUCCAGCGUGGCUUCCUCCGUCGUCUUGGAUCAAGCGUCUAGCACCGCGAGCUCUGUGGUCAACUGCAAUGGUGUUCUCUCUCUCACAGAUAACUACGAGGACGCCAAACCAACGCACAAGCCGUCAACCAGCGUAGUCUUCACCGCGUCCGAAUGUAGCAGAAAGGUCAGCACGCGCUCACUGGCCGAUAGAUUCAAGAGCUACAAAUGGGAACCUUGUACUAGGAUCAUACGCGUGUGACCACAUAUCCAAACCGUAGACAAAGGAAUAUAAGGCCUCUCCAAAUGUAGCCGAUAAUCGCGGGCGGGUUGCGUUACGUUGCGGCAUUUAAUCGAUCCAUUUAAGUCGUUAAAUCUACUUUCCUGGCAAUUUAUCUGAAAUUGCAUGUCAUUUGUUGCAACGUUUGUAGAAGCCGAGGCGCGUAGACGUGAUGAAGAUGGCCGCAAAUACAACGGUCCCUUUUAUAAAGCUAUGAAUUUACCCCUGAAAGCUACAAGUAAACGCCUGAUACUUACUUCCUUGACGAAAGACGAGGGGCAUAAAAUUGUCACUUGUAGUUUUAUAAAAUGCGCCCCCGGAAUAGAUAGCGCUGUACCUACUAUCGUCGACGCAGUUAACCACUAUAUGUACAUCAUCAUCACCAUUUUACCCUCCAGGCCUCUCAUCGUGUACGCCACUUAUCCCGCCCCUGAGCUAGUGUCAUCCAGACGUGCCACGCGAUUUUCCGAAUGUCAUCCAUCCAACGAGCCAACGGACGCCAGGCGCGUGUUUCAUCCGAAAGCGGCCACCAAUCCGUCAACAUUUUGGUCCACCUGCCACCUGGCACCACUAUAUCUACACAGUUAACUGACAAUUCGUCAACUUUAUUAACAAGGCAUAAAUAUAACAAUACCAAUGGGCUUGACCCUUUGAAUGCCACACCUAUCGUUUGCGGCGCGCCAUUGUGAACCUUAUCGGAAUGCACGAACGUUGAUAUUGGGCUGGAGUCACGCGUCAGUUGACGUCUUUGGCGGUCAAAGGGUUAAGAGUUUUGCAGUUCCUAAUUGUCAAGCGCUAACAAUUGGCCAGCCCAAAAACGUAUUUCACCGUAUAGCACCAUCUCUUCAGCUGUCUUUGCGGUCACAAUAUUUUGCACUACUUUACGCGUCUUAGUAUUAUUUUG